AUGAAGACACAGAAAAAUAAAAUGGAAACAACAGAGGUGUACCGGGCGUCUGACGUGGGUGAACCCUUUGAUGGAGGCUUGGUCACCAAAGAGGAAGUAAAUAGAAGUCAUAAUAAAAAGGACCCUCGGAGCCUCGUAAAGCGUGCCAAGUAUUUAUCGUUGGUGAUCCCCGUAGCCUCCAUAGUCAAAAAAAGCAUUAACAAUUACGGUCCCCAAUACAUGCGCAGGGCGGGAGUCGGAUUGUGGGCUUGGACGGUCCUUUUGCACUGCGUCGGUAUGGAUGGGAUCGCCCGUCCGAACCUGAUUGCCGUAGUGAAGGUGGUGGCUUUGAAAUUCAAACUUUUACUAUUCAAACAUUUUUGUCAUAUGAAAGUGUACAUUUAUUUAGCUAAUUCGACUGAGACGUUUUUGAGACUGAACAUGCAGCCAGCAAGCAGCCCAACAAGCAACACACACAAAUAUGCAUAG